CCCGCGUUCCACGGCCAUCCUCGGACGCCACGCUCUGGCGUUAGUGAUCAGUUCCGUAGUUAUAUUUUUCCACUAAACCCCCUCCCCUCACCUUUCUUAGUCCCAUCCGCAGCCGCCACUCUCCGCCUUUUGAUUUAGAGCUCUAACCCCCGCCACUUUUCUUAAAAGCCCCCUCCGUUUCCGCGUCUUCCCCAUUCUCACCCCCACCUCACCGCCCGAUCACAUCACCAAGCGAAGAAGAGAAGGGAAAAAAAAAAAAGUCGGAGCCCAAACCCUAGCAGGGCUCGCAGCGAGCGGGAGGCCAUGAAGAUCCCGUUCGUGUCCAAGCGGUCGAACCGGUCGAGCGAGGCCGACGCGGGGCCGUCGAACCCGCCUCCGGCCGUGCCGCAGCCGCCGUCCCCGGCUAGGUCCGCGGCUGCGUCAGCGUCCUCGUCGUCCCCCGCGGCGGCAGCGCCGGGCGCCGGAGAGGAGGACUUCAUUUCGCAGGAGGAGGAGUACCAGAUGCAGCUGGCGAUGGCGCUGUCGGCGUCGGCCUCGGUGGGCGGCGGGGGCGCGGGGGACCCUGACGGGGAGCAGAUCAGGAAGGCGAAGUUGAUGAGCCUCGGGAGGGGCGCCGCGGGCGAUCGGGGCGGGGGAGACAGCGCGGAGUCGCUCUCACGGCGAUACCGGGAGUACAACUUCCUUGAUUACAACGAGAAAGUUAUUGAUGGAUUCUACGACAUAUUUGGCCUCUCUGCUGAGUCGUCCAGGCAGAAAAAGAUUCCAUCACUUGCUGAGCUUCAGAUGAGUAUUGGGGAUCUUGGAUUUGAAGUGAUUGUGAUUGACCAUAAAUUUGAUAAUGCCUUAAGGGAGAUGAAGGAGGUAGCACAAUGCUGCUUGUUGGGCUGUGCUGAUAUUUCAGUAUCUGUGCGACGAAUAGCUGAAGUUGUUGCAGAACAUAUGGGUGGUCCUGUGCUAAAUGCAAAUGAAAUGUUUACUAAGUGGUUGGGCAAAAGCAUUGAGCAGCGGACAUCACAUCAGACAAGUCUGCUGCCAAUUGGCCGCAUUGAGAUAGGCUUAUCUCGCCAUCGUGCCCUACUUUUCAAGAUCCUUGCUGAUAGUGUUGGUAUUCCAUGCAAGCUGGUUAAAGGGAGUCAUUACACUGGUGUUGAAGACGAUGCUAUUAAUAUCAUAAAGAUGGACAAUGAUAGGGAAUAUUUGGUCGAUAUUAUGGCUGCCCCUGGCACUCUUAUUCCAGCAGAUGUCUUUAAUUCAAAGGGCACUUCAUUCAACACCAAUCAAACAUUGGGUCAGAAUCAGACAACUGAUUCAGUUAGUAACAUGGACAAUGAACCAGUUGCAUUACAGUCUGAGCGAAAGCACAACCAAUUGCAUCUGCCUAGCAAUAUCAAUUGGAUACCUGACAAUCAUUCAGGGUAUGAGAAUACAACUACUCUGUCUGCUCAGAAUCCUUGGGCUGAAACAUUAUCAAUGACUGCUGGAAGUAGUGCUAGUGCACCCUGUGCAUUGGCACCUCAGAUGCAAUCAGGUCAACUAUCGACUGCUGGCGACCUUUCAAAGCAGAAAGAGGACUUGAAAUUACUUCCAGACUCUCAAGACAAUAAGGAGUCCAAAAAACUAUUUUCAGAUCUUAAUCCUUCUAGGGCUAUUGGAUCUAGGAAAAGUUCAGUGGCAUUCAAGGGACUAGACAAUAGGAACAAUGAAUUCCAAAGACGUAGAGAGAAUGUAGCCCCAGUCCCUGCAAGAUCACAUCAGCCAUUGGUGAUAAAGAACUGGUCUGCUUUUAAUGACAUUUCCAACAACAAGCAGUACAACUUUGCUGAGGGGUUAGUUCCUCGCAGAAAUAUUAUUGACAAUGUUGCAUCAUCAUCUCAGGUGCCCUGGUCAGCUGGAAAGCAUUACAAUUCUAAUUCUGCAGAGCGCAACAAUAGGUCAUAUGCAGCACCAGUUCAUAACUAUGACAAUGGAAUGAUUGGUACCUCACCUAUGACCACAGCCUCUACCUCCAGAGAGCGCCUUGAUAGGUCAAACAUGGGAGCUGCUUCUGAUUUUGAUGUGAUUGGUACCUCUUCAGUGAACACAGCUUGCACAUAUGGAAUUGGGAGGGUUGCAGAAAAGGGCCCUUGUGAUGAUGUGGAAAGAAUUCCCAUGUAUUCUAGAUUCGAUGGUCAACUUUCUGCCAAUGCACAAGGAUUUGCUAUACAAGCAAACGAGAACAAGGAGAACUAUGGCAAGCAAGACCACAAAAAGUUAUAUCCUAAUCCAAGAACGUCCCUUCCUGACAGAUUCAUGGGUGCACCAAAGGAUCACUCAGGGUCUGUUUCUCCAUCCCAAGUUGGUUCAAGCAGGGUUGACAUGUUGGAGGAUGUAUCUGAAUGCGAAGUCCUCUGGGAAGAUCUUGCAAUUGGUGAAAGGAUUGGAUUAGGUUCAUAUGGAGAAGUCUACCAUGCUGAUUGGAAUGGAACUGAAGUAGCUGUAAAGAAAUUCUUGGAUCAAGAAUUCUAUGGUGAUGCUCUGGAUGAGUUCCGUUGCGAAGUGAGGAUUAUGCGCCGGCUUCGUCAUCCAAAUAUUGUGCUCUUUAUGGGUGCGGUAACACGGCCUCCGAACUUAUCCAUUUUAUCAGAAUAUCUUCGAAGGGGAAGCUUACAUAAGAUCAUUCAUCGCCCUAACUGUGAAAUUGAUGAGAAGCGUAGGAUUAAGAUGGCCCUUGAUGUGGCAAGAGGAAUGAACUGCCUCCAUACAAGUGUACCAACAAUUGUUCAUCGGGAUCUAAAAUCACCAAACUUACUGGUUGAUGAUAAUUGGACAGUUAAGGUCUGUGAUUUUGGACUUUCACGUUUAAAGCACAGCACAUUUUUGUCAUCCAGAUCCACUGCUGGAACUCCGGAGUGGAUGGCACCAGAAGUAUUGCGGAAUGAACGAUCCAAUGAGAAGUGUGAUGUUUACAGCUUUGGUGUCAUCUUGUGGGAACUAGCAACGCUAAGAAAGCCAUGGCAGGGAAUGAAUCCCAUGCAAGUUGUGGGCGCAGUUGGCUUCCAGGACCGACGGCUUGAAAUCCCCAAGGAAGUUGAUCCUUUAGUAGCAAAGAUCAUACGGGACUGCUGGCAGAAGGAUCCAAACUUGCGCCCUUCUUUUGGUCAAUUGACGAGCUAUCUGAAGACAUUGCAAAGGCUAAUAGUUCCUUCUCAUCAGGAGAUACCGAGCCCCCAUGCGUCACAAGAAAUAUGGGUGAACUACACCCCUUGAGGUUAUCAUACACCAAAGGGGAACAAAGAGUAACUAUGAUUUUGUCGCCAUAUAUUCGGGUUCAGUAGUCUGCGAAGGCAUGGCUUGAUUGAGAACCCAAGCCCCAGUCCCAGAUAGCAGUCAUCCUUGCUGUUGCAAGAAAAAGCUUGGCAGCAGAGUUUGUCCAGUACAGGAUAUGAGUAUAGGACCAUCAGAUAACAGCCAGAAGAAAAAAAUAUAGGGCUUGUUCGGAUGAGGGUAUUUCACUGGAAGGUUUCUGGAUCUAGUUCAAAUUUGAACUAAAUACAAAAUUUCCAAUGAAAUACCGCCAAUCCAAACAUGCCCUAGCUGGCAAUUAUUUCUUGCUUCUCAUGUGUCACCUUUCUUUUCCUUUUAUCCCUACCGGGUGCGAGCAUGCUGGAAGACAGCGUGCUCGUUGUGUCAUGUGGAUUAUGGAAACAUAGUAAUAAUAAUAAAAAAGCAAAUGUGUAACUGUAUGGCUGAGUUAAUCAAAUUUCAGUCACCUUAUAAUGAACAUGGCAGCUAGAUUCUGGAA